UUUUGUUUUAUUUUAACGUCAUGCAAAGGCGGUAGCAGAUAGUCAUUCUGUUAUUUCCCAAUUUUCAGCGAAGGCAUCAUUAAUCGGACAGGAACCAUACGCCAGUUUCUGUGUCACACCGGUAACUUCUCCUCAAGUACUGGCGGGUAUAAGCGAUGCUCACCCCGGAACAUUUUUCACAAGAGUGAGGCGAAGAAUAAAGCUACCUGCGUGAAUUCCUUUUUACGUGUAUUUUUACUUUUUGGGGGGCUAAGAAAGAUCCUGUCGCGUAGUGUUGUUGAAGCGCCAUGACAGUGGUGUGUUUGUGGUCUUGGCAGGAGUAGGAGAAACGGAGACACAGACAGAGGAAGAUUUUUGUUUUUUUAAAUACAAUUUUAUUUUUUCCCGAAAAACGAGGGGAGGAAGAAGAGGCUACAAGAUGUUUGAAGCUUCUGGAGUGCCAUUCAUCCUGUUGGACAUCACUUGUCUCAUCCUUGUGGGACUUCCCUUUUUCGUCCUGACGCCUCAGCACAGUCCGUUCAAACGAGGCUUCUUUUGUGACGACAAGUCCAUCCGCUACCCUCUCAAAGAGGACACCAUAUCCUACCAGCUGCUGGGGGGUGUCAUGAUCCCCUUCACGCUCAUUGUUAUCAUCUGUGGCGAGUGUCUAUCCGUGUACCUGUCUCGCAUCACGAACCAGACCAUGGGCCCCAAAUACGUGGCAUGUGUCUACAAGGCGGUAGGCUGCUACUUGUUCGGGGCGGCAGCCAGUCAGUCGUUGACGGACAUCGCCAAGUACUCCAUAGGGCGUCUGCGGCCGCACUUCUUGGCGGUGUGCAACCCGCUGUGGGAUCGCAUCAACUGCAAAGCAGGAGGAUACGUGCAGAACUUCACCUGCACUGGGGACACGUUCCUAGUGGAAGAGGCCAGACUGUCCUUCUAUUCCGGUCAUUCAUCUUUCUCCAUGUACUGCAUGUUGUUUCUUGUUCUGUACAUUCAAGCCAGGUUGAAGGCCAAGUGGGUAAGACUCCUGCGCCCCACCCUGCAGUUCUUCCUGCUCGCCACCGCCAUAUACGUGGGUCUGUCCCGCGUGUCCGACUACAAGCACCAUUGGAGCGACGUGCUCGCCGGCCUCCUGCAGGGCGGCGCCGUUGCCAUCUUCGCUGUGUGCUGUGUGUCCAACUUCUUCGAGCAACCCGUUGAGGCGGGGGUCACCCAGGAGGGAAAGGGACAGCACACCUGCUUGCAGGAGAACCCACCCAACUCCAACCACUACGGCAGCACUGGCUAAACAGAUCAAAGGUGCACCCAAGCUGCUUAUGCACUUUACUGAGAUGCAGAGUUACAGUGGGUGGGGAGGGGGGGGCAUGUUACCUAUAGGAGGAGUGCCUUUUUAAAGUUCAUGCAUGCUAUAGGUGGACAUGUUCGGAAUGAAUGGAAUUCCAUUGGCUGCGACCAGAAUGGAGUCUUGUGUUCUCGCUGCAAGCAGGCUUGUCUGAGAGACUGUAAAUGACUCACAAAAACCUCCACUGUCUUAAAUGAAACCAAAAAAACAUGAGUAUUAUAUGUAUUUUACAUCAUUUCCUGCCUUAGAUCGUGACUGCUGGUGUCAUCUUUUUUUGUCAUUUUUAUUCAAAAUACUUACUCACAAUACAAAAUAGGUUUGUAUUGUGAGGAUGCUGUUGGAGAAGGUGAGGAAUUAAAACGGCUUCCAUUUUUCUAAUUUUGGUGUGUGUGUGUGUGUGUGUGUGUGUGUGUGUGUGUUUCAUUUGCAAUAA